GUUUGCUGAGAAUUAGGGAGCAGCAUGUUUAGCAGAAGGUUUAUUUCACCGUUUGCUGUUUUGUUACCAACUGCUUCCUCGAAUUCCAAUUUUGCCAGAAGAAAAUCAUGGCUUCUUUUGGGACAAUACAACAUGUAUGCUAACAGCGUUAAAAACAAAAGUCAAACAGGAAGUAGGCGUUGCUGGAAGUGCAAUAGUGAGAUCAGAUCAGGAGUAGAGUUCUUCUGUCCCUCUUGCAACAUCAUUCAAAGGCCACCAAAGAAAGCGACCUAUUUUGAGCUAAUGGGAAGUCCCACCUCAUUUGACAUUGAUACCAAGCGGCUGACUCAACAUUAUAAAGAAUUACAAUGGAAACUACACCCUGAUAAAUUUAGUGAUCUAUCCAAGAAAGAGCAAAGCUUAUCUGAGGAACAAUCGUGUUUGGUAAAUGAAGCUUACCACACGCUUCUAAAGCCACUUACCAGAGGGCUUUAUCUGUUAAAUUUGAAUGGAAUACCUAUAACAGAAGAUGAAGCUACCUCAACUGAUACAAAAUUCUUGGGUCUAAUUAUGGACAAAUAUGAAGAAAUUUCAUCAAGUGAGAAAAAGUUGAAGGAAAUAAAAAAGGAAAAUAGUGGAGAUUUAGAAAAAUCUGUCAGAAAGGUUUCAAGGGCUUUUGAGAAAGGAGACCUAGAGACAGCYAGGCAGGAGGUGGUCAAGCUUAAAUAUUUCUCCAAAAUUGACGAGUUUAUUAAAGACCGAGAAGGUUGGGAUUGAUACGACAAACAGAAGGAAAUAGCGAACAAGAACAGACAGCCAGCCAAGAAAGAAAUAAAAAGCUGCAACGUGAAGAGAGAUACUGUAAAGGAGAUAACUCGAAGAUAGUUGUUGUUUUAGUAGGCAGUUCAUCUUCUCAAAUCUGCUCCUUUGAGGAAACAAAGUAUUGAGAACUCUCUUUGCUCUAGUUUCGUGAUCGAGGUCAAACAGCUCAGGCAUGAAAUAUGUGAAAAAAAAAAAAAAAGACGCUAAAAUAUAAGGAUAAGAGCUUCUAUUAUCUUAGUCUCCCUCGCAGCCUUUUUUUUAGAUGUCACGCAACGAGGGAGACUACUAUUAUCUAAGUUGCGCAAAAAGGCUCCACUUAUCCGUCCCAUACAAUUCCACGCAAUAAAUGAACUGAAAGGACAUUUGUAAUAUGCUUCUGGUAUAAAUAAAUUAAAUGUCGUUUAUUGGAAACGUUGAAAGGAAAUAUAUAACCUAAUUUUCUUUUUAUCUGAUCAUAAUACGUGAGUUGAUUAAAAGGGAAACUCGAAA